UAUCAAAACUUCUUUUGAUUGGUCUUAAAUGAUCAACGACAUCUGCCGGCAUUGAUUAAUAAACAAAUACGAAUUUAACUUAAAAUCAUGUGGCGCUCUCUAAAAGAGCGUCUAUCAUUAAAGUGAAUAUAGAAAGUUUUGUACCUAUUCUGUCAUAAAAAAUGUUUUUUUCCACCAAUGUAUUAAAUUUUCAUCGACGUGUAAAAAUUACUGUCUUAUAAAAACAAGUUCUCCCUACUUAGAGAUCGACAUCGUUAGAAUGUGCGUAAUCGUCACAGGGGACUGAUUUUCAUCGAUGUAGUGAUAGUAUAGAUAGUAGAUAAAAUAUAAUGAUUUGCAAUAGUAGAUUAUACAUGUAUAUGUUUAUCUCCGUACGUGUAUAAACGUGCAUAUCAAAUUUAGAGAUAUAUUUAUUUCAAGAAAAAACUAAACAAGAAGAAACCCCAGUGCAAUACAUUUAAAUUAACGAAGGAAGUUCAAAGAAAAAAGUAAUCCACUUAUAUUUUAUGAUUUGUCCGAUGACAAUUGUCAAUGCAUAAUAUCACGUGAAACUUUAUCCGGAAUGUAAAUAUUUUAUUAUUGAUUUAGAAAAUAUAUAUUGAAGUAUAUAUUUUAUUAUUGUAAAGUUUUGAAAAGAAGAUAAUACACAUACCAAUAUAUCGUUAAGUAGUGACAGCUUUAUUUAGAGACGUCAUAAUUUGUAUUGUUUAUAUUUAUAUUGUAUAUCUAAAUAUAUACAAGAUUAAAAGAAGAUGUUUUCUAUGUCUUUUAACAUAACGAAAACAAUAGAAGAUAUUAUAGUUAAAUACAUUGAUGUGGAUUUUACACUAUGGCUGUCUUGGCUUUUACUGCCGUUACUUAUAACAUUUUUACUUCCAUUUGUAAUUGUUCUUCUGCUAUAUUUAACUAUUUUAACGUUAUACAUAUACAGAUUACACAGAGAAAGAAUUCAAAAUGCUUAUGGAACUGAUUGGAAAUUCGCGGCUCAAUCUGUUUCUGGUGCUAUUUGGGAUGCGCAUGGAUGGAUUUGGCAUGGGUAUGAAGUUGUUGGUUUAGAAAACAUACCAAAAAAAGGUGCAGCAAUGUUGAUAUUUUAUCAUGGAGCGAUACCCGUUGAUGUCUAUUAUUUUCUAGCUAAAAUAUUUCUAUAUAAUUCAAGAUUAAUCUACACAGUAGUAGAUCGCUUUCUUUUUAAAAUUCCGGGUUGGUCUAUUAUGUCUGAUGGCUUGCGUGUAAUACCUGGUACAAUUCAGACCUGCUCAUCCAUUUUGAAAGAAAAGCAUUUACUUGCUAUUUUACCAGGAGGUGUUUAUGAAGCACAAUUUGGAGAUUCUUAUUAUAAACUUUUAUGGAAGAAAAGGAUAGGUUUUGCUAAAGUUGCAUUAGAUGCUAAAGUGGAUAUAAUCCCAAUAUUCACAAGAAAUAUCAGAGAAGCAUUUAGAACAAUAACUUGGGGCCGUAGAAUAUUGUUGCGUCUAUACGCAGCAACAAGAUUACCUGUAGUUCCAAUUUAUGGUGGUUUCCCUGUCAAAAUGGUAACAUAUGUAGGUAAACCAAUUCCUUACGAUGGAAGUCUUACACCAGAACAAUUACAGAAGAAGGUCGCUGCAGCUGUAGAAAAUUUAAUAAAUGAGCAUCAACAAAUACCAGGAAGUAUUACACGAGCCUUGUUAGAAAGAGUUUUACCUCCGAAGAAGAAAACACAAUAAUCAUGGAUUUUAGAAACAUAUCCAAAUGAAUCCAGUGAAAAUCCAUAUAUGAUAUUUCUAUAUGUUACUAUAGGAUGCAAUGUGUACUUACUCUAAUUUAAUAUCAUUACUAGUAUUUUUAAACAUACAAAAAAAUUUCCUUGUUUUGAAAACAAGAAUUCUUUUAAAAAAAGUAAUAUUUAUACGGAAACAAAAAUUUGUCAGUAUUGAAGAGAAUUCUAUGUGAAAUUUAUAUUUAAAUUAGAGGCCUUAAAGGAGAUUCCAUCAAAAUAAUACAUAAUUUUAUAUAUCUUGUAUUUUCCAAUGUGCUUUUAUAGUAUACUAUAGUACAUACUCUUCUUCAAAAUGAAAUUUAUAAAUGUUUCUAUCAUUCUUUAUUUUAUAGGUAUAUAAGUUAUGGUUAAAUAUAUUUAAUUUUUUUAUUUGAUUGAUAUAAAACCAUAAAAGAUAAAUAAUUUUUAAAUUAUGACAUAUCUUUCUUAAUAUAUUUAUAUUUUUCUUAUAUAAGAGUACAAGUACAUUUAUAUAUACAUGUAUAUGAACUUGUAUAAUUAUUUUUAGAACUAUUUUCAUGGUGCAUAGUAUUUCUAAGUAUUUGGUUAUGCUUGUGAUGGGUACUUAAAUAUUUAAAUAAUUUAAAAGAUCUAACGUUACUUUUAAGAGCUCUCUAUUCUUUUAUUAUUUUGUAUUUUACUUUAAUUCGGAAAUUAUAUUCUUUUAAAGUAACUUUUAUUUUCGACAGGAAUAAAAGAAAUUCUACAUUUAAAAAAUUCUUAUUUAUAUCGACAAAAUAUAUAUUUCAAUUUGUACCACUUUUAUAAAGUAUUAUUUUUUGUGAUACAAUCGUGUGAUCCAACUAAACAAUAUUCAUUAUAUCAAUGUUUUAAUUCUUAUAUAUGUAUAUAAAAGAGAACAUUGUAAAAGAAUAAAAUAAUAAAACGUCUGUUGAUAAUAUAUAA